UACAAUUUUAAUAUAUUUCGUAAUGUAAACACGCGGGAACGUCAAAAUGUCAACAAAGAUUAAAUCACAAAUUUCAUCGUCUUUUAAGAUGCACGGGCUUUCCCUAAGGAGUGAAGCCAGCAAAUACUUAGUGGACGUUUUCUCGCAAGUGGACCAAGAGGAGUUUCAAGAAUGGUUGGACAAAAUAAUUGAAAUAGUGCAAAAGCAACCCUUGUCAUCCACUCUAGUUGACAAGCACAUCUGUGAGACAGCUGUACAGGAAUGCAAUGCAGAGCAGCAUGACGAAGGUGACAAGAUAUUUUCUGUGAUAGAUGCAUUUUCUGUGCCAAGAUUUACUUAUAAGAAGGACAGGAAAAAGUUUAUACCUAGCUCCACGCUGGGUACCCUACCCCCCUGUCUCCAUGGUAAUGCAGACGACAAGGCAAACCUGUUCAGAGAGCGAUACACCAUUCUGCAACAGAGGACAUUGAGACAUGACCUGUUCACCCCUCCAGCCCUGGGCAGCACUCCAACGGAAUCUAAGAAAUUUCAGUUGAAGCCUAUAGAAUAUCUUCUGGGCACCACUGCUAAGCUGGGGGAGGUCAUUGUGUUGGGGAUGCUUACACUGUUGAAAGAGGGCAAGUGGUAUCUGGAAGAUCCUACUGGAGUCGUACAGAUCGACCUCUCAAAAGCUAACUUCCACACAGGUUUAUUCACAGAGAACUGUUUUGUGUUAGCUGAGGGAUGGUACGAAGAUGAAGUAUUCCAUGUGAACGCCUUUGGCUUUCCUCCACCCGAACCAGCCAAAACUACAAGGACAUUCUUCGGUAACAUCAAUUUCUUUGGCGGCCCAUCCAGCACAAGUGUGAAGGCCUCCAGCAAGCUAGCACAGAUAGAGCAGGAGAAUGCGGACGCCAUGUUCAUCAUACUGUCAGAUGUCUGGCUAGACCAGAUAAAGGUGACAGAGAAGCUUAAGACCCUGUUCUCAGGCUACUCCAACUUCCCGCCAACCUGCUUCAUUCUGUGUGGAAACUUCCUGUCCACCCCUCUCGGAACCAACCACGCAAAAGUACUCAAAGAAUGCUUCCACAAGCUUGCUGAGUUGCUAAGCGACUUUCCUGAGCUUGUGAAGACCAGCAAAUUCCUGUUUGUCCCCGGCCCCCAGGAUCCUGGCCCAUCUGCGAUACUGCCAAGACCUGCCAUUCCUAACUCCAUCACAGAAGAGUUUCGCAAGAAAGUACCCAAUGCUGUGUUCACGAGUAAUCCGUGUCGUGUGCAAUAUUGCACGCAGGAGAUAGUUAUUUUUCGGGAGGAUAUAGUCACAAAAAUGUGUCGCAAUUGCGUGAAAUUCCCUGAGGAUGGUGACGUUCCAACACAUUUCACAAAGACAGUGAUAUGUCAAGGCCACCUCACGCCCCUCCCCCUGCAUGUGUCUCCAGUUUACUGGCCCUAUGACAACGGCCUCUACUUGUACCCCUUGCCGGACCUCGUCAUCUGUGCCGACAAGCAUGACCCCUUCCACAGCACCUCCGUUGAUUGUACAGUAAUAAACCCGGGUUCGUUCCCAAGGACAGAUUUCAGCUUUAAGGUGUACCUUCCCGCCACCAGACAGAUAGAAGACAGCAAGAUAUCCGACUGAUAUCUAUUCCUGCAUAGGGACCACCUGGGACUAUAU